AUGCGUUUUACUACAAUAGUCAAUAAUUUACUUUUUUUCAGUUUUUUUACCGCUCCAACUCUCGUUUCGUCUUUUGCUGAUAUAGACAACGAUGAGAAAUACACUUCUUUGAUCAAAAACACUUUAGACUCCAUAAUGGAACCUGAAGAUAAUGAACUUUUUACUACUGGUUUAUCUUCCACUAAACAUAAUAAAAAAAUGAUUGCUGUGGGUGAAACUAAGUUUUUUAAAUUUAGUGAACAUUCUUUAAAAAUCGCCAUUGAUUAUUUAAAAAAGACAUAUCCAAGUUUAGCUGAACAUGAUUUAUUACCACAUGACUAUGUUCACAAAGACCAAUAUUUAGUUAUCACUCCUUUUGGCUAUGAGGAUGUAUAA